AUGACUGAUUCAUCGCCUAGCUCAGACUAUCACUGGACGGAACGGGUUGAAAUUUGGCACGCAGAUAGUAAUUAUUUAUUAUGAAGUAGUCAUCCGCUAAAAAAGGAUUUUCGAAAAUUUAACACCUACAGGAGUAAAAUAGGGAUUUUUGGGUAUUUUUGAUACGAAUAUAUAUCUAAUUGUUUAUUUAUGUAUAUAUUUUUUGUUUAUUAAUGGUUAUCCUGGUGAUACGGGUGAAAUAAAAAAAACAAUUGGUCCGGACAAUGCCGGACGGGACAGCUAACGGGAAGGGAGGGUUUUCGGUAUUUUUAGAACAUUAAUUGAAUUUUAUUUUGUUGAUUUAUAGCUGGUUACCUUGAUGACAUAGAUGAUAAUUUGGUUAUCACGGACAGAAAAACCAUUAUUAUUAUGUAUUACUAUCAUUUACACUAUAUUUAGUAAUAGCAAAGUAUUUUCGGGACAGCUAGUAUUAUAUUAUAAACUAAAUUAACCUAUGUAUCCGAACUCCUCAUCAACAAGUCACAAUAGUAAUCUACUAUUGUAGGGCACAUAUAUAUAUGGCUUCUUUUUGUUAUAUUUUCAAAUAAUGUAGGUCAUAAUAUACUCAGGUUUGACUAUUAUUGAAAUACGUAAAAAAAAAUCCUGCAAAUAUUUAUAUUCAAAUACUUUAUAUAAGAAAACGUGUCAACGCGCGAUUCAAAAUAGUGGCCUAUCAAAAGUGAAAUGUUUAUUAUGUCUGGAUUUUUUUUUUUCACUACAUCCGUUACGCCUUUAUACGCAUUUUUCAGCUCACACUCUAUUAUUCAUUCCCUGGUGGUGUAUUAACGGAGGGCUUGUAGAGGGUUUUCACUCCCCCCAGAGACUUUAUUAUAGGUACUUACCUAUAUAUUAUAUUUUCCGUCAGCGUUCGCAAUACGAAUUUUAGCUAGACAAAUUUGUUGAUAACGAAAAAAAAACAAAAAACUCUUGAGCAGCAAAGCUUCAUAACUAAAGUUAAAUUCCCCCAAUUUUUUUUAAUUAUAAAAAUACAUUUUAUUUUUUUAAUAAAAUAAUAAAUUACUGAAUACUUAAAUAAUACCAUAAGUACUGUGUGUACUGUGUGUAUUAUAAUACGAGUACAAUUAUACGAUUUUCAGAAAAAUGCUGAAAUUAUUAUAAAAUUGGGUAGAGGUAAGUGUUGAAAAUCAAAACUCCCAAAAGGCAUAUCUUUGAUACUUACACCAAUACACCGUGUAUAUAGAAAAUUUGACCCCCUGGCUUCUGUAAGAGUGUACAAAAUUUAAAAAAAACACCUUCUCCUCCCUCAGCAACAUGGUGAAAUUCAUAUUUAAAUUCAACCCGACUUUUAUCAAUGAUAUAAAUAGAAGGAGGGGGGAAACGAGUAAAACGCUAAAACAAUACGACAGAUAAAAAAAGUUAUUAUGGUGAAAACAAAAUGUUAUAUAGUAUAAUCAUCUAUAAAUAUUUUUUACCUAUCUAUAUUUUUGAUAAUUAUUAAUUCUCGAGAAAACAUUGCGUAUACAACAAGUUGGUGAGCCCGUAAAUUUAUUAUCACUUUAAACGUUUUUGAAAGGCACAAAAAAUCAAUAACCACAAGCGCCAAGUAUUACAAUUUGAAUUCUAAUUAUAUUAUGCUUGUGCAAUAUUUUCUUCUCGUUUUUAUUCCCCUUUACUUUAAUUUAUUCGGUUGUUAACAUGUUUUCGUGAUACAGUAAUUGGGAAACGGGUAAAUCUUUAAAAUCUGUCAGAUUCAUUUUCAAUCGCACCUCUGAAUCUGAAAUUCGCAUCUGGACGAAAAGACACGAUAAUAAUAUGUCAGGCAAAAAGUUUUAAAAAAAAAAAAACACUCAUAAAAUAACCUAUAUAUCAUCAUAUUAUGAAACUAAUAAUAAUUCUCUCGCUCCGAACGGAAACUGAAUAAUAAUAAAUAUCUGUAUAGAAUAAAAUUUCAAUCCUGAUUUAAAAUAUCGGUUUUUAUUUCUCUUUUGCGUUAUUGUUUGGUAGUGGAAAGAAUGACGAGUGAAAAAAAAAGUAGUAUAAUAAUACGAAACAUUUGCAUAUCCAAUGAAUAAGUAAUAAAAAAAUAAUAAUAAUUUUGUAUUACUUUUUUUUCAAGGUGGUCAAACAAAGGAAGAAGUCAUAGAGACGAAUGAAAGAUUGAGAGCGGUACGGAUUCGGUUGGAAGAGUCUUAUGAUACGGCUAAAAAGUCCCUCAUUACACUAAUGACUAAGUACACGGAGAGCAAGACAACGCGUAACGUCUUCCAAAGAUAUAAUCUCCUGAAGGCCAUGAUUAAGGUAAAACAUUAUUAUCAUUAUUAGUAUUAUUAUCAUUUAUAUGACUAUAAAAUAAAAUAUUUUGUUUGCACUAAUAACGAGCCAAAUCAAAUUGUACAAAAACAUAACGUGUAAUCUAAACAAACAAAAUAAUAAUAUUAAAACAAAACAAUAUGAAAUAAUGUAGUUUCGCUCGUUACCCGUAUAUUAUUUCUUAAAUAUUGGAGUAUUUUUUUUUUAUUUUUUAAUCACUAACCAAAGAUUAUCUAAAAAUAAGAUGUUGAUUUUUUAUUUUGAUUGUUUUCAGAGUUUUGAUUCGAUAAAAUAUAGAUAACAAAUAAAAUAGAAUCGUUUAAAUCUUAUUUAAGGAUUUUAUUUAAAAUUUUCAAAAUUUUGCACUUAUCCCAUAAACUAUAAACAUGCCCAUCGAUUUUUAAUUUUCAGCUAGCCCUCCGCCAGCCCUUUUCAUAUGAAAUUCUAAACGAAAAUAUUUUCUUAAACAUGUUAAUAAUGCUUAACAUGGAAAUCGGAUUUUCAUAUCAUGAGUUAUAUCAGUUUAAAAUGUAUACUAAAGAAUUAUUGAACUAUGAACCUGUAAACAAUAGGCUGAGAACAAUGAAAGGUGUCCGGGCCGACAUUAAAAAAUAUAAUCCGGUAUCCCAGUGACGUCGUGUAAUGUCGUGGGCCUUUUAUUUGUGACAUUCCGAUUGGCUGUUGUAAUCUUAGUUACAUUUAGUAACCAAUACCUACAAGACAAUGUUCAAAGUUAGGCUGAACUCAAACUUAGUUGGUCGAUUUUUCGGUGUUGUCAAUAUAAACACAACUUAUCAAUACGAUCUAAAAACGUCGAAUCGUUAAGUAAAAUAUGACACGGCACUGGACUAUAAUAAUAGUAUAUAUAUACAGGGUAUCCAACGAAGAUAAUACACUCAUUUUAUAUAAAAUAGAUAUAUCUUCGCGAUGGGACACUCUGUAGUAUGUGUAACAGUGUUAAAGCAAUCAAACCACAGUGAGAGCAACAGAGAGAAGUCCAACAACAAAGAUAGAUAAACGACAUUGUAAUAAGAAGAUAGUAUAUACUGCAGUUUAAGUGCAAUGUUUAUAUGCCCAGGAAUUAGCUACCUACAUUAUCUUUUGUCCAACGAUUUCAAUCAUAUCCUGAAUAGAGCAUGAAAAUGUUGGUAUGUACCAUGUGGUCCGUGGUAUUGGGAACUGCGCGCCCUUAUAAUAUAUUAAUGUAACGUAGGGAAAGGUUACCAUCGAAUAAUGAAUAUUGCAAUUACUGUUCUUCCUUUCACACCUCCGGUUUAAAUUGUUAUAACUCAUAAACGAAAAAAUAUCGCAAUACCAUCUAUAGUGUCAUAAUAAUUGAUAUACAUAUCGAAAUUAUUAGAAAAAUAUUAGUUUUUCGAUUCUGUGUGGAAACAGGGAGGGGGGAGAUUGUCAUGUUCAAACCAAAAUUGUCCGUACCAUUUAUUCAAGGUAUAAGUAGUAGGGUUGAAAAUGUUAAAGCAGAGGUUAAACUGUGAUUACAUCCUGAUAAUGAUUGAAAAAAACAACAAAACAAAAAUCAAUUUUGCCUUAUUAAAAUCCUCGGAGAAAAUCGACGGAUGGGGGUUUGUAAAAGAAAAAAAAAAUCGCACAGUAUAUUAUUUUGUAAUCGUUUCGGCACAGACACAGCGUAAUAUUUGCGAAUUUAUUAAUUUAAUCAAAACAAACACGUAAAUAAUGAAUUUCAUACCGGCGGAAAACGAACGAAAUAAUAAUAAUUUAUUUCUAAUUAUUCGUCGUAAACUACUAAUCGAAUGAAUGUGCCGCGAAUAAAUAAUAAAAUAUAAUUGCAGACAAUUACCGUUUUUGUACAAAUAAUAACCGUGAUUUAAACCAGCGUUCGUGUGUUUAUUCAGUAUUUGUAAUAAUAAUUUUAAUAUUUUAUGAGUGGUAAUAUUCGGUGGACAUAAAAAAAAUAAUAAUAAUAAUAAAAUAUUACUUAAUUUUAUUUAAAACGUCAUAAAAUAUCUGUGAAACACAAUUUUUUUUUUAGUAUUAUUAAUUUCGCCUUUUUUUUUUUAAUGUCGUCGAUGCGUUAAAUGUCGUCGUUACUUUUUUCUCGCACCAUCCGCGUUUUAUUUAUACACUAAAAUAUUACGAGCCGAGUUGUAACGAUGGCUAAAGAAUGAUCGGCGAAACACGGCGGCCGCUCGAAAACCGGAAGUUUCGCGAUAGCUUUUCAAAACUCGAUUGUCUUUUGUCAAAAGUUAUUUAAUAAUUUAUCGCUGGCCAUUACGCUGCGUGCACAGUGUAUUAUAAUGUAAUACACUUUAACAAUCGUCCGAUCUAGGGACCGAAAUUUGCGAAAAAUAAACCGGGCAAACUGGAACAUUUUUGAUAGUAGUAGAAAUUCGGAAAGAAUUAUUGUCAAGCUUUUUUUAAACAUACAUACAUAUUUCCUAAAAAUUAUAGAAACACAAAUGUACCUUUACGAUAAUUUUUUUCACAUUUAAAAGUAUUUUUUGAAAUAAUUUUUGUUUUUAAUUUCCCGUACGGUUUUUGUAUUUUACAAUAAAAAAAAUCCGAGUUUUUCCUGUAAUUUUAAUUCCUAAUCCGAACCACGGCUUCAAAUAAUAUAAUAUUAUGGUACCGUAUCAGCCUUUAUUAUAGGUACUCACGAUUAUUAUAACAUAAUUAUAUCUAUCUAAUCUGAAUAAUAGAUAUUUAUUCAGUAUUGUCUGAUAAAGAUAAACUAAACAAUCAUAAACUUUUAAUCUAGAGAGAAAAAUAUAAUUUUCUUCACAUAAUAACCUAUCGAAAACCAAAUGCAAAAAGUAGUGAAAGCAUACCAGAUUAGGUACAUACUCGUAUGUAAACAGAGUGAUUUUUUUUAUUAUGUACCGGCAAUUAUCCGAAAGGAUUAUAAGUGAAUUUGAUUUCUGUUUUUUUUUUUAAUAAUUAUGGGACCGUUUAAUAACUUUAUUUUAAAUAAAUUGUAUAUUUAUUUUUAAAGCUUAGCCUAAACUUUAAACGAUUAUAACCCGUAAAUUGUAAAUCUGAUAUUAGUGUCAUGCAUAUAAAAAUUUCUAAAAAAAUAUUCUCUAUUUCUGUGUUUAAAAAAAGGGAUUCCUAUUUUAAAAACAAAAAUAUAUACUUAAUUAAAGUAUAUGGAGUAAGGGUGAAAAAUUAAAAGCGGUUUUAAAAUAAAGUUUAACCGAUUCUACAAUAAUAAAAAAACAGAAAUCAAAUUCACUUAAAAUCCUCUGAGAAUAUUACUGGUUCAUGGUAAAAAAAACACCCUGUAUAUUAAAAAUGUACCUGUAUAAGACACAUCAACAUUACCGUUAAUGUUGUCAGUAAUCUACGCGCAAGUUUUUUUUUUUUUUUUAAUAUUGUGUCCCUUUUGCAGGAAGUGAUCCGGUUGGAAACGCAAUACUGGACACUGGUCGAGAUCCCGAAACAGGAAAAACAAGAGACUGUACCGUCGUUCGUACUCAGGGCAUGCGGCAUUGUGGAGAAAUCGCAAAAGUCCGGGGAUGGAGUUAAGUCUAACGCGAAACUAGCUGAAGAGGAAGAAAAGAAACGAGAACGCAUAGACAGACUUUGCGGUAAAUAUAUUAUUAUAAUUAUAUUCAUAUUAUUAUAGUCCUACGACUUUACAUAAUCAACCAAAACUCUGAAGUCGACGAGAUAAUAUAA